AUGUCUUCGGUAAUUGAAAUACCAAAUGCAUGCUUCGAAUCUAUGAGCAGUUACGGUAAAUGCAGAAUAGUGUCGCUAGUCGGGAAAAGAACCUCGGCAAUCAUAUCAUAUGGAGACGACCUCAAGAUCGCUCAGAGGGUUCUUGACGAGCAUCCCGACGAAGAGUUUCAGUGCAGUGAGUUCUUUAUGGCAGGAAAUGAUGUUUUGCUAGCACUUGGAGGCAGGCUUGGCAUCAUAAAAAUAAUAAACCUGUCCAAGGGGGCAUUUAUAGGGCACAUUAGAGCCCAUGGAGGGUGCAUUUCUUCAAUCAAAAGAUAUGGAAACGAAUAUCUGCUGAGUUGUAGCGAAGAUACAACAAUAAAGAUGUGGAAUGUUUCAGGAUUGACAUGUGUCUGUAUAUUUGGAGGCUACAGUGGGCACAAGGACUAUGUCUUAUCAAUAGACGUAAGUAGUGAUAUGAAGUAUCUGGCAUCCUGCGGAACAGAUUGUUCGAUAAAAAUAUGGAGAAUUCCAUCGAACCUGAACAAGCUAGAGUGCAUAUCCCCUAUUUAUUCGUCCACAGACAUAUGCAAAUUUCCUAUUGAAUGUGUAAGGUUUUACAGAGAGCUUCUUAUAUUCUAUUCUGGGGAAAGAAAAAUUCAUGCAGUCUCCCUGAAAUACGAAGAAGCGAAAUCUUCUGUAGAAGUUGUGCUUGCUGGGGAAAUCGUAUUGAAGAGGCGGUUAUUCCGGAAGUUUGAUAUAAGUGGAGAUAUUCUGGUGGCUUUAAUGGAACCACACGAUAUAGUUAUGUUCGACAUGAACGACAUCGGCUUUAUUUCACACCCUAAAAUAUUGGAGUCCAUUAAAAAGGAAAAGAUCCAGGAUUUCUGUGUGGUUGAGAAUCGGAUGUUUGUUCUGUUUGAGAACACCCAUCUUAUGGCAAUAGAUCUAACUUGA